CAAAGAUUGCUGCCUUAUCUUCCUUGAUAACUUCAAUGACGUCGAACAGUAGAAAUUGGUUGAAGGGAUGCAAGGGAGGUAUGACUGGACUAAGGUCCGGCAAAAUGCGCUGGUGGGGAAGUUCGACGAUAUCCUCUACCGGCUGUUGAGGCAACAAAAGGAGGAACGGGAAAAGGUGAAGCUGGGAGAGGUGAAGGACGGUGAGAUUUACAAAACUUUGACCUGCAUGAGAGAAAUGAUGGAGGGCAUGAAGGAGGAAAGGCUGAAGUUUCAAGUCAUGAUGGCCAAUGAGAAAAAGAGUAAGCGGAAAGGGAAAGAGCCAGUGGAGGAAGAAAGUGACAGUGAGAGUGAGGAAGAAAAGGAGCCGCCUCGCAAGUUGACAAAGGUGGAGAGGAAGGUCUUGAAUCAAAUUCGAGGCGCACAGGGGACUUCCCGUAAACAGGGGAAGAACAGUGGACAAAAUAAUCAAGGAGGGAAUGGCAAUGCGGGCGCUGCAGUGGAAGAAGAGCAUAUCCCCGUUAGUGAGAAUGAUGAGGAUAACGAGGAUGAGAAGUUGGGGGCCGAAGAGGAAGAACGGGCUCGUCGUCGUGCAUUGGAAAGGGAGCCGGAGAAAGGGAAGGCCGAAGUAAGCGAGGAGGAGCCACGAAAGAAGAAGAAGAUUUAUUCGAUCCCUGUGGAGCAGGGGGUCGAUAUCGAGCAACUUGUCAAUAAGAUUCUGGAAAGUCAGCGCGACUUGGUCACGCUGAAGGAAAUUUUGGCGGUAUCACCGCAGAUUCGAGAAGCAUUUAAACAGCGAAUGACUCGCAAGAGAGUCAUGACUGUUAAACUCGGCGAAGUCAUUCCGCCGGAGGCUAACUGGUCCCCGUCUGGGACGAAGAUGGAUUGGCGAAGUGUGUCAACCGGCCAUAUGAAGGUCCAGAUUGGACAGCAGGAGUACUCGACACUUGUGGAUGAUCGAGCUGAGAUGAACAUCAUUCGCGAGCGCCAUGCCAUCGAAGCCGGGUUGAAGAUCAACCGAGAUAACUAUGGGUUUCUGGUGGGCGCUAGCGGAUCGACCCCAUUCUGCGGGACAGCCAGUGGCGUUCUCGUCACGGUCGGAAAGGUCAACGUCCGCUCUUAUUUUUACGUGUUACCUACGGUGGACCACGAGGUGAUUCUGGGAAGAGCGUUCCUAUGUUUUGCCGCCAGAGUGGAGCACUUGCGAAAGCUUGUACGCAAAGGCCAGAAAUGGGAAUGGGGUCCGAAGCAACAAGAGGCCGUGGAGGAUAUCAAGACUAAGUUCCAGACAAAUGAGGCGGAAGAAUCAGUUCCGGUCGAUGCCUUUUUGAAAGAAAAGGAGUCGCGAUUGAGUAUUAACUAUCUUACCUACCUGACAGAUGCGGUCUCUCGGCAUGGAAAAUCGAUAUGGAAUGCUCCUGCCUUUCACGAAGUACGUCAAAAACUCGUGAUGGAGGGACCUUUCAUUGAGGAGGACCCAUGGGGCGAGCAGACUUCAGAGGAAAUGAUGAGGCUGGCUUUGACCGAUGACAUUGACCUUAUGCUUGAUCCGCUAACAAUUGAACAAGGCCAUACGCAGGCUGAUGACGCUUUCCAGACCGUUGGAAGGGUGUCAUAUAUCAGGAGCUUGUUGGUUUAUGAGGAUCGCCUGAGGAUAAUGAAUGUGGAAGAAGGAUGCCGUGAGGUCAAAGAAGUGGUUAAGGAAAAAGAGUACGAAAGGGAGUAUAAGAAAAUAGGCAUGUGGUUGAAUGGGGAAUUUGACGAAAGCGAGGUUCAUCCGGUUGUGCGGGUAAAGAGCAAAGGAUUUGUUGUUCGUGAUGGUCAUCUUUUUAAGAUAGCUGCUGAUGGUGUCCCCAAAAGGGUGGUAUGCGGAACCUCUCGACAGUUGGAUGUGAUCGCUGCUUUGCAUGAUGGGGUAGCCGGCGGGCAUAGGUCUGCGCAGGUAACCCUAAAUAAAAUCCAACGCCUUUAUUUCUGGAAAGGGAUGAGCAAGAUGGUGAUUGACUUCUGUAAAUCUUGUUUCCCUUGCCAACAGAGGUCUAACAUCCGCUACCUCGAACCCCUAAAUCUACGGUAUGUGGAAGAACCAGGCGUGGUGGUGUAUUUGGAUCUCUUGGUAAUGCCACCUGGUAUAAAUGGGUACAGGUAUAUCUUCGAUGCUAGGGAUAAUUUGACUGGGCUCGUUGAUGGUCGUACCAUUCGCGAACGUCCUGGGUUAGUCUUGGCAGAGUGCAUUGAGGAAUAUUACCUCCGUUAUCCAUUUAUUCAAGAGAUUGUUAUGGAUCGAGGAGGCGAGUUUCGAGCAAAGGAGGUGCAAACGCUUUUGAAAAGGUUUGGGUUGCGAAGCAGAGGGGCUUCAUCCUCCGAUAACGUGUUAGCGAAGGAGCGCGUGCGUUCACUAGAUAUGGUGAUCAAUCAACCUCCACCGGUCGAUCCCCGGGACAGCCGACACGAUGGUCCGGCCAUCGGUAUCGACUUGGGGACCUGUAACUACUGUGUGGCUAUUCGUCGCCGCGGACACGUGGAAGUCAUUGCGAACCGCGAUGAUGGGGAGAGAAUCAUCCCAUCUUACGUGGCGUUCAAUGCGAGGGGGCGGGAGAUCGGUAAAGCGGCUAGACUGGCGGCAGCGGAGCAUCCCAACUGUGACGUGUACGAGUCGAAGAGAAUCCUCGGCAGACGAUUCGACGAUGCAGAGGUGCAAAGGGACCGAGAGAGGUGGCCAUUCAAGGUGGAGAGAGGAUCUAACGGUGAGCCUGUGCUCGUGGUACCGAGCGGGCAAUCGACCGUCGAGAAGCUUCUGCCCGAAGCGCUCACUUCAACGACGCUCGGCGAAGAGCGACAAGGGAUGCUGGAGAAAUCGCAGGACAUGAACGUUCUUCACUUGAUGAACGAGCCGACUGCCGCCGCUAUUGCUUACAUCGAGAUGAAGAAGCUAAAGGUCCACGGCAGCAAUGACGUUGAUCUUCUAUGCAGUGGAGGGGAGAAUGAGAAGGUGGUCGGCGAUGGCGGCGGCCAGGAGGAGGAGGACGACGACGACGAAGAAGAAGAGAAGAAGAACAUCGUGGUCUUUGAUCUUGGAGGAGGCACGUUGGACGUCUCCAUCAUGACGAUUAGUCAAUCGCAGUGCAUCGUGYUGGCAUUAGCAGGAGACACGCACUUGGGAGGCAUCGAUUUCGACCAGCGUCUGCUCGAUUACGCACUGCAGGUUCUGCGAGAAAAGCACGGCCUCGAUAUCUCCAACGACAAAAGACGGUUGUUCAAGCUUCGACAACAAUGCAUAAUGGCCAAGCACAAGCUGUCGACAGACACGAGGGCUGAAGUUCAAGAGGACUCGUCGAAGAUCAAGCUGCAGAUCAUGCGUUCGAACUUCGRCGAAAUCAAUCGGGAUCUAUUCGAUAGAUGUGUCCGUUCGGUGGACUCAGCAAUGAAGGAUGCGAAUUUGUCAGUGGGCGAGAUCGAUGACGUUCUUCUAGUGGGAGGCUCGUCCAACAUUCCUAAGAUUCAGAAAUUGCUGAAGCUUUUCUUCGAAGGUCGAGAGCCGUUGAUCGCUGUCAAUCUGGAUGAGGCGGUGGCGUACGGAGCUGCCGUGAAGGCAGACAUGCUGGGGGGUGAUCGAUGUGCCGAUCUCGAUAAGAUCACAGUUCGAGACGUAACACCGCUCAGCCUCGGGGUCCGAACCCGGUUCGGCAAGAUGAACGUCGUUAUACCAAGGAACACACCCAUACCGGCGGAAGCCUCGCGUACCUACGCGAUGGCUGCUGAUUAUCAGACGAUCGGGUACUUCGCCGUCUUCGAAGGAGAGCGCCCUCUUGUCAAAGAUAACCGUUUUCUUGGAGGUGUGAAGUUUCCAGGAUUCAAGCGGGACGAAGCAGGGAGAGGGAGAGCUGAUGCCGUGCUUCGGAUCGACGAGGACGGGAUAGUGCACCUCACAGUCCGUGCCAAACGGUGUCCUACCACGCCGGGCAAAACGAUCAGCACGACGAUCACUGACAAAGGCAGGCUGUCGAAGAUGGAGAUCCAGGCAAUGUCGGAAGAAGCGGAGCGAUUCAAGUCGUCAGAUGAAGAUGUCAGUAAACGGUGCGAUGCCAGAUCUUCCUUAGAAGCUCUUGCCAGGCGAGUUAAAAAGAAGCUGAGCAAGCUGAGCAGCGGGGAGGCGAAGGACUCUCUCCAGGAGACUGUCACCCAAGUUUUCAGCUGGCUGGACAGCUCUGCGAUGGGCGUGGUCCCGAAAAUGGAAGAGUUGAUGGCACUUCGCACUAAGUUAUUGACCGCCUGCGAUGUCGCAGAGUUAACUGUAGAGUUAACAGAUGGGUGAGUUGAUUGCAAAUCGCACUAAGUUGGUUGUUGACAGCCUGCGAUGUCGCAGGGGGUGCUGGUCGGAGAGCUAAGCGAUGGUGGGACAAUUCCGCGCCCGCUAGUACGUGCCCAAAUCUGACCUUACCUUUGAGUUUGGUGAUAUCUCACCAAAGGGUGUCGAUGGGGUAUAAGCCUGGUUCGAAAGGGGCAUUAAAGGGGUAUAUGCUAAGAUUUAUUAUUUUAUUUUUAUUUUCUAUCCCGAAUUCCAUAGCAAAUAAAAUCUGCAUAGCAUA